GGCGGCACGGGCGGGUUUAACCCGGGCCUUGGUUUCUCCCGCCGAUUUCCAGGUGAUUGAGGAUUUCUACAACCGCACGUGGCUGUACCGAUACGAGGAGCCCAUCAGCCCCGCCACCCUCACCACGCUCUGGUCCCUCUCCGUCGCCAUCUUCUCCGUCGGGGGCAUGAUCGGCUCCUUCUCCGUGGGGCUCUUCGUCAAUCGCUUUGGGAGACGCAACUCCAUGCUGAUGUCCAACAUCCUGGCCUUCGUGUCGGCCGUGCUCAUGGGCUUCUCCAAAAUGGCUUUCUCCUUCGAGAUGCUCAUCCUCGGCCGCUUCAUCAUCGGCCUCUACUCCGGCCUCACCACCGGUUUUGUGCCCAUGUACGUGGGUGAGGUGUCCCCCACUGCGCUCCGGGGGGCCCUGGGGACCUUCCACCAGCUGGGCAUUGUCCUGGGCAUCCUCAUUGCUCAGGUGAGUGAUGGAGAACUUUUUAGGGGGGUGUUUCCCCUGGUUUUAGCACUGGUUUUCUACUACUCCACCAGCAUCUUUGAGAAGUCAGGGGUGGAGCAGCCUGUCUACGCCACCAUCGGCUCCGGCGUGGUGAACACGGCCUUCACGGUGGUCUCGCUGUUCGUGGUGGAGCGGGCCGGGCGCAGGACCCUGCACCUCAUCGGCCUGGCGGGCAUGGCAGGGUGUGCUGUGCUCAUGACCAUCGCCCUCACGCUGCUGGACCAAAUGCCCUGGAUGUCCUACCUCAGCAUCGUGGCCAUCUUCGGGUUCGUGGCCUUCUUUGAGAUCGGUCCCGGCCCCAUCCCGUGGUUCAUCGUGGCCGAGCUGUUCAGCCAAGGCCCCCGUCCCGCGGCCUUCGCGGUGGCCGGGCUGUCCAACUGGACCUCCAACUUCAUCGUGGGGAUGGGCUUCCAGUACAUCGCGGUAAUCACGGGGGCACCACGGGGGGGACGGGGGACACGGCAAUCCGGGGGUCUGGAGGGACUCAGGGGGUCCCAGGAAUUCGGGGGAGUCGCAGUCCUGCACACCCAGACUGGGGAGCUGCUCAGCCCCGCACAACCUUCGUUUUCCUCCCGGUUUUGUGUUGUUGAACCCCCGGAGCUCAGCCUGGCCGUGGAGCACCGGGGGGAUUACGGCCACAACCGAGCUCCAAAUCCCCGGUGA